GGGUACCGAGGUGGAGAUCUACGAGUCCAUACAAUCUUUUGACUUUGCUUCAAGAAGAGAGGUAGUGGCUUAUCUCCCUCUUCAACCUCCUUCUCCCUUCCUGCUCCGCUUCCCUCUCCUUCCUCAUCUUCUUCUCCCCUUCUUUCUUUAUUGUCUGUUAGAAGGAGAGAAAAUCUUGAAGCUGAAAAUGGCUUCCAUAAUUAUCGGCGGAGGGGUGUCAACCAUAUACCUAACUCCGCCACCGGAAGUGUCCAGUUCAUAUAGAAAUAUUAAAAGAACGCCUACAUGUUCCUUUAGUUCCGACAAGUAUCAACUCAAUGCAUUGCUAGCAGGAGCAUCUCUGAGAAAGCAGGGCUUCGGCUUCGUCCGCUAUGCCAUAGCCACUCCCAACUCUGUACUCAGCGAGGAGGCGUUUAAAGGCAUUGCAGGCUUCUCCAACAAAGGUGACAGUGAUGAAGAUGGCGGUGGGAGUGAGGAUGAGUCCGUCUCUGGAGCAGUCAGCGAAGACGAACUUGCCAUUACCAAUUUGGGUCUGCCCCAACCUCUCCUCGACGCGCUCCUAAAACGAGGAAUUACUCACCUUUUCCCAAUUCAGAGAGCUGUUCUUCUACCCGCACUGGAAGGUCGAGAUAUCAUUGCCCGUGCUAAAACUGGCACUGGGAAGACGUUAGCCUUUGGCAUCCCAAUAAUUAAACGCCUUACCGAAGAUGCUGAGGAAACAAAAUCCUUGAGGCGCUCUGGUAGGCUUCCAAGAGUGUUGGUUUUGGCACCUACUCGGGAGCUAGCUAAACAAGUGGAGAAAGAACUGAAAGAGUCUGCACUCCAUUUGAACACUGUUUGCGUUUAUGGAGGGGUUUCUUACACCACACAACAAAAUGCUCUAUCUCGUGGUGUUGACGUGGUUGUGGGAACUCCUGGCCGAAUUAUUGACUUGAUAAAAAGUAACAGUCUCAGAUUGGGGGAAGUAGAAUAUUUGGUACUUGAUGAAGCUGAUCAGAUGCUUGCAGUUGGAUUUGAAGAAGAUGUGGAGGUGAUUUUAGAAAAUCUUCCUUCGAAGAGACAGAGCAUGCUUUUUUCUGCAACUAUGCCUGCUUGGGUGAAGAAAUUGGCAAGAAAGUAUUUGGAUCAUCCUCUACAGAUUGAUUUGGUUGGUGACCAAGAUGAAAAGCUUGCGGAAGGGAUCAAACUUUAUGCUAUACCAUCAACUGCUACUUCAAAGCGGGCAAUUCUUGGAGAUCUUAUAACCGUUUAUGCAAAGGGUGGAAAGACUAUUGUUUUUACACAGACUAAACGUGAUGCUGAUGAAGUCUCAAUAGCGUUAACGAGUAGUAUAACUUCUGAGGCAUUGCAUGGAGAUAUAUCGCAGCAUCAAAGGGAGAGAACACUAAAUGGCUUUCGUCAAGGAAAAUUUGGUGUGCUUGUUGCCACUGAUGUUGCUGCUCGGGGGCUUGAUAUCCCAAAUGUUGAUCUUGUUAUCCACUAUGAAAUUCCCAAUGAUUCUGAGACUUUCGUGCAUCGGUCUGGUCGUACUGGACGGGCAGGGAAAGAAGGUACCACCAUUUUGAUGUUUACUAAUAGCCAAAGGAGGACAGUUAGAUCAAUCGAGCGUGAAACAGGUUGCAAGUUUGAGUUCAUUAGUCCUCCAGCUGUUGAAGAGGUUUUGGAGUCAUCUGCUGAGCAAGUAGUUGUGACUCUCAGUGGAGUUCAUCCCGAGUCUAUUGAGUUUUUCACCCCAACUGCCGAAAAGUUACUGGAAGAACAAGGCACAACUGCACUUGCUGCUGCGCUGGCACAAUUGAGCGGUUUUUGCCGGCCUCCGUCAGCUCGAUCUCUUAUCAACCAUGAACAGGGAUGGGUGACAUUGCAAUUGAAAAGAGAGCAGACUUUUUCAAGAGGCUUCCUUUCUGUCAGAUCGGUCACUGGUUUCCUUUCUGAUGUUUAUCCUGCGGCUGCUGAUGAAGUGGGGAAAAUAUAUUUGGUUGCAGAUGAAAGGGUUCAAGGAGCAGUUUUUGACCUCCCUGAAGAGAUUGCAAAAGAGUUGCUGAAUAAGCAACUACCUCCUGGAAACAGUCUUUCCAAGAUUACCAAGUUGCCUGCAUUGCAAGAUGAUGGGCCGCCAAGUGAUUACUUUGGCAAGUUUUCCAGCAGGGAACGGAUUCCCAGGGGAGGUCCAAGGGAUCAAAGAGUAUCAAGAAACUCUCGUUCUUGGGGAAGUGGCCGAGGCUCUGAUGAUGAUCAUGAUUCAUAUAGGCGUGGUGGUCGAAGUUAUAGGACCGACAAUAAUUGGUCUCGAAUGUCAAGGAGCAGUGAUGAUGAUUGGCUAAUUGGUGGCAGAAAGUCAGGUAGACUCUCGCCUCGGGACAGAGGCUAUGGAGGGUCUUGUUUCAAAUGUGGGCGAACUGGACACAGGGCAUCAGAAUGCACUCAAAGUGACUUUUAGCAGAUGAAAAGCAAUGUAGGAUAUUCAAGAUAUGCCACCACAAGGAGAGUUGAAAUUUAACAGUGACUGGCUCUGUAUGUUGGAUUCCAACUGCUGGACGCUCUCAAGUCUCAACUCUCUACACAGUUUUGAGAUGACUGCAAUUUUCUAAAAGCCCAAAAUUCGUCUCCGAAAACAUUCUCCUGAUUACUAUGCCUGACACCUAGAACCCCAUAUUAAUUGUCUGUUUGUGUUAGUGUGGUGAAAUGUUGAUCCACCUUCCUUUUCAAUUCCACAAUUAUCUAUUAUCUAUACAUCUAUACCUAUAUAUAAAGCAGAUGUUCUAAGAAGUGUUGAUAUUAUUUUGACACUUGGAUUGCUAAAAUUCUCCAUUUAUGCCUA